AUGUCUGAUAAACCUGAAAUUGUUGAAAGUGUUGAAGAAACCAAACCUCAAACUGAAGUAGUUGAAACCAAAGCUGAAGAAGCCAAAGAAACAACUGAAGUUGAAGAAUCAGGAAAUGAUGAUAAAAAAAGACCAAUUGAGGAUGGUAAAGAUAAAAAGAAGAAGAAACAAAGAAGAAGAAAUUAUGAUGAUAAUUUACCAAAGGAAAAAUCCGAAGAUGAAGAUGAGGAAGAAGAAGAGGAAGAAGAAAUUAAUGAUGAAGAUGAAGAUGAAGAUGAUGACUUAGCCGAAAUUGAUACUACCAACAUUAUCACUUCUGGAAGAAGAACAAGAGGUAAAGUUAUCGAUUUCAACAAAGCUGCCGAAAAAUUAGAUAAAGAAAAAAUCGAAGAAGAUGAAGAAGAUGAUAAAGAAUUCGAAGACAACUAG